AUGGGUUUCUACAACGCGUGUAAGACGUUCAUCGUAUACACCGUCACCUUCUUCUCACUUCCAUUUCAUGAGCAUAUCGGAGGUGAUUCCGAACAGCCCGUUUUAUCUUUCGAACAUAACCAGAUAUCCAAGAGCUAUCCAAAGUUCCCAGCACCAAAUGGCCCCGAUUCACCCGACGAAGACUUCACUUGCAGCUCAGAUGGACAUAAUUUCAGUAUUCAUGCUGACUAUGAGACUAUGUAUCCGCCUGGAGUGCUUCGAGAGUAUUGGCUUGAGGUUAACAACAAGACCAUCAACGGCGACGGUAUUGAUAACCGGUAUGGAAAGGUCUUCAACCAAACUUACCCCAGUCCAUGGAUCAAAGCUUUUUGGGGUGAUCUCAUCAGAGUCCAUGUCACAAAUAAACUGCGAUAUAACGGCACUACGACCCAUUGGCAUGGUAUUAGGCAGAAUGGCACCAUGGAAAUGGAUGGUGUAAACGGCGUCACUCAAUGCCCCAUCGCCCCCAAUGAUACCUUCACAUACGAGUUUCGUGCCCUUCAGUAUGGUUCUUCUUGGUAUCAUAGUCACUACUCUCUACCAUACGCCGACGCUCACUAUGAUGAAGCGAAGGAUCCUAUUCUUAUCACGGAUUGGAACCAUCGAAGUGCUUUUCAGGAGUGGGAGAGAGAACUUACAGGCGUGCCGACUCGUCCUCAGAUGAAUAGCAUAUUGAUGAAUGGAAUUGGAAACUUUGCUGGUAGCUUUCCGCGAGAACGGUACAACAUUACCGUAACCAAGGGCAAGAAAUACCUCCUACGUAUCAUCAACACAUCCAUCGACACCACGUUCCUUUUCAGUAUCGAUAAUCACCACUUUGAGGUCAUGAGUUCCGACUUUGUUCCGAUUCAUCCCUAUACAGUAGACCAUAUCUUGGUGGGAAUUGGCCAAAGAUAUCAUGUCGUUCUCCAUGCCAACCCUACAAACACUACCAAAUAUCCUGCAUCAGACGAUGGGAACUACUGGAUUCGUACAGUUCCCGCAGACGGCUGCAAAGGGUUCGAGAAUGGUAACGAGCCAGAUGAACGCCAGGGCAUUCUUAGAUACGACUCUAAGAGCAAAGCUGUACCUCAGACGUGGAGAGGAGAGUGGAACAAGCUUGCAGCGAUGAGAAGAGACAAAAGCAAGGAUCUUCAACUUGGCCUGCAGCAGGAGAAGAAUAGGCCUCAUCUUGGAGAUAAGUUCAGCUGGUGGGCCUUCGGCGCACAGCCUCUAUGGCUCAAUUUCUCGGAGCCGACUAUCACUUUACUUGACGAAAAGAAAGAAUGGCCUGGCGAUUAUGUGAUUGUUCCAGCAGAGAACAGAGACGGAUGGGUCUAUCUUGUCAUCACAGCUCCAGCGACGGAGGAGCUUGGGAAUAACAGGACAUUCAUCUCGCUUGCCCAUCCACUUCAUCUUCAUGGCCAUGACUUUUCCCUUCUCGCUCAAGGCUCAAACUCUUCGCAGAUCGAUGAUCCAGACAACCCCAUCGCACUCAAAUUUGAUAACCCACCUCGACGAGAUGUAGCACUGAUUCCAGCAGGAGGAUACCUUAUUGUCGCCUUCAAAGCUGAUAACCCUGGCUCUUGGCUGUUCCACUGCCAUAUUGCCUGGCAUGCUUCGAGCGGAUUGGCGUUGCAGAUUAUGGAGCGUGAGGAGGACUUGAGGAAGAUGAUGACUCCGGAGAAACUGAAGCAGAUCAAUGAUGGCUGCAAGAAGUGGAAGGAUUGGUAUGGAAACCGGAAGAAUCACUGGAAUCCUGUGGGUAUAUUCCAGGAUGAUUCUGGUGUUUGA